UUCACUUCUGUUUCAGUAAAAUAUAUAAUGUCGCUUUCAACCUAUUCUUCGUAAGAACUCUCUUAUUUUUAAGUCCAGACGUAACUGUGUUGAGAAAUAAUGAGAAAUCUUUUUUGGUGAAUGGAUAAAUGAUUUUUAGAAGGAUUUACGUUUUAUGAAUAUAGAGCAGUUAUCGGGAUUAUGCAUUAGGCGGUACCUCUAUCUGGCUAUCUAUAUGCUGAACCGUCAUAGGUACUUUCAAUGACGUAGGACUGCCAUAUUUUUUCCUAUAUGGAGCCUGCCAGGGGGUCAGCCAAAUUGUUGGGGGUUUGGAGGUGGCCAUGCGAGAUGUUUUGUGAUAAUCGAAUGGUGCGCAUAAUAAACAAUUAAACCGACAUAACAGCGGUGCGCGUCGUAUCGGCAGAUAUGCUCGAGUCGUUCGAGCGAGCGGCAAGAAUCGGCAAAGAGAGAAGGCCUUUCACUCAAAACAUCAUCCUUCCUCACAUGCGAUAGGAAUUUUUACAUCGGAAAUUCGAGAUCAGGAUGAGUGCGUAGUGCCGCGGUAAGAUUCUACCAGAAGUCGGGACAAUGGGGCUUUAACAUUUAUCCACGUUGUGUUUCGUCUCGUGAUCGUUAGCCUUUAAACAAGUACUGUAUAGUUUUGCAAUGCGAUCCCACCGACGACGGCACGCAAGUUGUCUUGGUGAUUCUGUUCAAUUCGUUUGAUCGCGAACGUGGUGCACUACCCCGUCGCACUAUUUUGGUCUGUACGUUUUAUUUACACGUAUUACUCUUGUUGCGCGUGUUAUUCUUCGCCAAAUAUUUUGGCUAUCUUUGUAGCAGUUACGUAAUUUCCGACGUGAGUAAUUCCGGCACCAUGGCCGAUGAUGAAUUAAAUGAAACUCGAUUGUUUUACACGUAAGUGGCGUGCGGACGUAUAUACCAGCGUAAAGUUAAAGGGAAUUGAUUUUUAACAUUCUUCGCGUAAACGCGAAACAAGUUGGGAGCGUGCUGCCGAGUUGCUAAUAACAUGAUAACGCGAUACGUCUGGUUCCACCGUUGUAAACAAAAUUAAUGUUUAAACAGUGAUAGUGAUCUUCCAUAGAUAUGUCUAUUGGAAAUUAUCUCUUUAAGGAUAGUCAUCACAUCAUAAUGUGGUGGUUUGAGAUACUAUUGAAUAAUACUACUAAAAAUGGCAGAGGUAGUAUCCAAAGAUUUUGGUAAAGAAAAGCCGUUUCGAAAAAGAGACAUGUCAGAUUCACUGCAGCAGCAGUGUAAUCAACCUCCUCCUGAUAUUAUGCCAAAGGGAAUUACAAUCAAUGGCAUAGGAGGAAGGUUACGCCAAUUAGAAUCCCUUUUCAUUGCUGGUCCUGUCCAGCGGGAAGGAAGGAUAGGCCACAGUUUUUCCAUCGAGACACUUAUCGAUGUUUUACUUGUCUUAUACGAUGAAUGCUGUAACUCUUCCUUACGACGCGAAAAGACUGUCUCCGAUUUCAUUGAAUUUGUGAAACCGGUGGCUGCUUGCAUUAAAAGUUUGCAAUUGGCACGGGAGGAUUUUGAGAUAUUAAAGGUGAUCGGUAGAGGAGCAUUUGGUGAAGUAUGUGUUGUAAGAAUGCGUGGUUCGGACAAAGUGUUUGCGAUGAAAAUUUUGAACAAAUGGGAGAUGCUGAAGCGUGCGGAGACCGCGUACUUCAGGGAGGAGAGGGACGUACUGGUGUACGGUGAUCGGAGAUGGAUUACGAAUCUCCAUUAUGCCUUUCAAGAUGACAAUAAUUUGUACUUGGUUAUGGAUUAUUACUGUGGCGGAGAUCUGUUAACCCUGCUAAGCAAAUUCGAAGAUCGCCUUCCCGAAGACAUGGCACGUUUUUAUAUAGCUGAAAUGGUUCUGGCCAUUGGGUCCAUACAUGACUUGCGUUACGUACACCGUGAUAUUAAACCGGAUAACGUUCUGUUAGACGCGAACGGCCACAUUAGAUUAGCUGACUUCGGAUCCUGUUUACGAUUGUUCGAGGACGGCACCGCGCAGAGUAACGUUGCCGUUGGUACACCAGAUUAUAUAUCACCGGAGAUCUUACGGGCAAUGGAAGAUGGUCAAGGACAAUACGGGCCUGAAUGCGAUUGGUGGUCUUUAGGCGUAUGCAUGUACGAGAUGCUAUAUGGGGAAACACCUUUUUACGCGGAAUCUCUAGUCGAAACUUACGGAAAGAUUAUGAAUCAUAAGAAUUGCUUUGACUUCCCAGCAGAUGAUAUAUACGAAGUUUCCGAAGAAGCGAAAGAUUUAAUGAGAAAAUUAAUAUGUAGUUCAGAAUUUAGAUUAGGUCAGAAUGGAAUUGACGAUUUUAAGAAACACCCAUGGUUUGAGGGUGUGAAUUGGGAUACUCUUAGGGACAGUACAGCACCUUACAUUCCUGAGGUUUCCUCGCCAACGGACACGUCGAAUUUCGACGUUGACGAUACAGACGUUCGCAGUUCUGACGCUGUUCCGCCAGCAGCAAAUUCUGCGUUCUCCGCGCUUCACUUACCAUUCGUUGGCUUUACAUUCACACAAGGAAGCUGCAUAUCGGAUUUGGGCUGUUUGUCGGCCGCGACUCAAACAGACAAACGCGUACAGAUACUGGAAGAAGAGAAUGCACAACUGACCCAAGCACUCGAGGAAUUAAAGAAGCAACUAAGCGUGAGCCAUUCUUCUGCCGGAUUGUCACCAGAUUCUAAUAACGCGACAAGGAAACUUCAGGAUGAAAUAAAUACACUUACGAAACGUAACUGCGAAUUAGAAUCGCAGCUGAAAUCCAUGGAGGUGCCCCGUGAAUUACGAAGUUUGGAUAACGGCGAUAUGACGAAAUUGCGCGAGUUAGAGAAAUUGGUACGUUCCCUUCGAUUAGAGAAGGAGGAAGCUGUUAAAGAUAAGUUGGAUGCUCAGGAGAAGCUUAAACUUCAGGACAAAGAAUUGAAAGAUGCGUUGACACAGCGUAAACUAGCGAUGGCUGAAUAUACCGAAGUCACGGACAAGUUGUCUGAGCUGAGGCAACAGAAACAGAAAUUAUCUCGGCAAGUCAGAGAUAAGGAAGAGGAACUGGAAGUUGUAAUGCAGAAAGUUGAUAGCUUGCGACACGAUAUUCGGAAAGCCGAGAAGUUGCGUAGGGAAUUAGAAAAUCGCGUCGAAGAGGCGAUGGCUGAAACGAGUAAAGAGAGAAAAUUGAGGGAACGCAGCGAGGAAUAUUGUAAACAGAUGCAGGAAGAGACGGAGAAGAUUCGACAGAGAUCGAUAGGAAAUGAUGCGGGUGCGAAUCACGCGCUGGCGACGCAGGAAAUUAACAGGCUAAAAGCGGAAGUGGAAAAGCUGGAGGUACAAUAUAAUGAAAACUUGAAUCAACAGCAGAGCAGGUACAACGUUGAGAUUCGUAGUCUCCAAGAACAACUACACGAAGCUGAAACUAGGAGAGAUUUAUUGGAAAGAGAGGUGCAAUUAACGAAGGAGAAGUUAGAUGCGGCGAGAUUAGAGAAUAUUACUGAUAGUGAAGAGACUAUAAACGAAUUGAGCAGACGUCACGAGAGAGAGAAAAUUAUGCUAGUCGAAGAGAACAAAAAACUUAUGUUAGAACUUGGCACUGUUACUGAUAGUGUUAAUAGAAUACAAGGCGAGAGGCGUCAGUUGGAAGAAGAGUACGAGGAAUUAAGAAACAAGAAGGAAGCUAUUGCACAGUGGGAAGCGCAGAUCACCGAAAUUAUUCAGUGGGUGUCUGACGAGAAGGAUGCCAGAGGAUACUUGCAGGCGUUGGCUACGAAGAUGACGGAGGAAUUAGAAUUUUUGAAGCACUCCGGCGGUGUCGGCGGUGUAGGAAGCGGUUCUACGAUGGCAGAUAAAAACUGGCGAAAUCGUAGAUCGCAGAAGCUUGAUAAGAUGGAACUUCUGAAUUUGCAAAGUUCUUUACAAAGCGAAAUACAAGCUAAGCAAGCGAUAUCCGAAGAACUUACGAAGACGCGUUCAGAUUUGAUUGCUGCUCAAAAGGAAUUAAGAGAUUUCAGGCAACGGUUCGAUACCCUCACGCACGAGAUUAAACGCAAAGAAAUGCAAAUAAAAGAGUUGCAAGCAAGGCUUGAUACAGGCGAUGGAUUUUUAGAACGUCCUACAUCCCAGAUGUCACAUUUGGAACAUUUUUUGAAAGAAACUGCAAGCAGUACCCGUCACGGAAGUGCGGAUAGCGUAGAAGCCGACAUCGAGGAUAAUCGAGCACCGAGUAUCUCCAGCAGUAAAAGCAAUUUAUCCGAACUCAGUAUUGAUCCGACAUCGCCAUUAUCUCACGAGUUACUGAACAAAUCGUCAACGUCUCAUGGACAAGCCAGUCUUCAACCGAAACCAAAAUCGCAUCAAUUCUUAGUAAGAACAUUCUCGGCCCCAACGAAAUGUAAUCACUGUACUUCGCUAAUGGUGGGCUUAACGAGGCAAGGAGUAGUGUGCGAAGUUUGUGGCUUUGCGUGUCACAUGCCCUGCUGUGACAAAGUUCCACCAAUGUGUCCUGUACCACACGAUCAAACGAAACGACCACUGGGCAUUGAUCCUACGCGAGGAAUAGGUACAGCCUACGAAGGAUACGUGAAAGUGCCAAAAAUGGGUGGAGUGAAGAAGGGUUGGGUUCGUCAAUUUGUAGUUGUUUGCGACUUCAAAUUGUUCCUUUACGAUAUUUCGCCCGAUCGUAAUGCGUUACCAUCGGUCUACGUGUCUCAAGUUCUAGAUAUGAGAGACGAAGAAUUUAGCGUUAGUUCUGUACGAGAUUCGGACGUCAUACAUGCCACGAAGAAGGAUAUUCCGUGCAUAUUCAGGAUAACAACGUCUCUGUUAGAACCGCCGGGCUUAAGGAAUCAUACCCUAAUGCUCGCAGACACGGAAAGCGAGAAAACGAAAUGGGUAGUUGCUUUAAGUGAACUGCAUAGAAUAUUAAAGAAAAAUAAUCUUCCUAAUACAACGAUUUUUAGAGCGAAAGAAUUGUUAGAUAAUACAUUGGCGCUUAUUAAAAAUGUGAUGUCAGGAGCAAUUAUUGAUCCAGAUCGUCUAGUCAUUGGCACAGAAGAGGGACUCUUCUGUUUAGAUUUAGAUCGUAGAGAAAUUGCAAGAGUGGGAGAAGGCAAGAAAAUAUAUUUACUGGAAUAUGUAACGGAAGAACAAUUAAUAGUAGUUUUAAGUGGAAAGCAACGUCACGUACGGCUAGUUCCAGUACGUGCAUUGGACGGAGACGAGGUCGAGUGGAUUAAAGUCGCUGAAACAAAAGGAUGUAUAACUUUAACGACGGGCGUGGUUCGUCGAAACCCGUUAACUUAUUGUUUGUGUGUUGCCAUAAAAAAACAGAAUGCAUCUCAAGUGAUUAUCUACGAAAUAACGCGUACGAAAACACGUCACAAACGCAUACGUGAACUGAUGUUAUCGUGUCACGCACAAACUUUGCAAAUCCUAUCUGAAGGCCGGUUUUGUGUCGGAUAUCCUUCCGGAUUUUCUAUCUACAGCAUUUUAGGAGACCAUCACCCUAUUUCAUUGGUCCAUUCUGAUAAUACGCUCCUAGCUUUUCUCACGUACAGUGCUGUAGAUGCUCUGCGUUGUAUCGAAUUGCCGCGUGGUGAAUUCUUGUUAGUCUUCCAUACAUUGGCAGUUUACGUGGAUAGCCAAGGCCGAAAGAGUAGAGAUCGCGAAAUUAUGUAUCCGGCUAUCCCAACGGCAGUCAGUUACUGCGAGGGUUAUUUACUAGUUUACAGCGGAACUCACAUAGAUGUGUUUGACUGCGCAACCGGAGACUGGUUACAAACACUUAAUGUAAAACGAGCGCGACCACUAAACACUUCAGGUUCCCUGACGUCUUGCAUCAUCAACGAUAUGCCACACGUUAUUUUCCUGAGCAAUUUACAUCAACGAGAACAAUUGAACUUGACACCGGUAGACGCAAGUGGUAGACAAAUGACGAGACCGCGGAGAAGAUUUUCACUGAGAGAAGGUAAUAGGGCAGUUCGCCCCACCGACAGACGUUCAAAGAUGAUUUCCGCUCCAACGAAUUUCAAUCACGUCAGUCACAUGGGCCCUGAUAAUGGAAUACAAAUUCAACGACUAUUAGAUCUGCCUACUACACUUGAAACAGCUGAUCAGCAGCAUAGCGGUCAUCACAGUAGCUCCCAUCUUCACAGCAGUCAACAAAGAUUAUAUAGUCCAGCGAUUCAGGCGUCGACUAAGCCAGCGCCACUGCCUCCUAGACAUCCGCCUUCCGAUACGCGUCGUCUUAGUUCUCAUAUAUCUAGAAACUCGGGAUAUUCUCCGCAUAACGGUUCAACAUCUUCGCGCAGAGGACCAGCACCUCCACGACCAACUGCGACUCCACCCUCGUUACCUCGAACCCCCGUGGACCAAGUCGAUUCGGAAUCCGUGCAUCUGCGAUCGCACACUCCGCUGUCCCUCGGUAGCAUCGCAUCUUUACACGACAAGGAACACACCUCUGGCGGAAGUCCUAGACAUUCAAUAGCUUCGAACAACAGUUCAAAUCCAUCGACGCCUCCGAGUCCCGCUCAUGAUCACGGCUCAUCCUCAUACGAUUCAUAAGUAUUAAAUUAUCACUUCUUAUAAUAUUGAAAAGUUACUGUAAUCGUAUGCAUUAUCUGAAUAAUAGGAUUACAGUAUCUGUAGUAAUCUCCCGACGCGAAUUUUAAUUUAUAACUGGAAAGUUAUCGCACUCAUAUCUUUUUUUUUUGUGCAAUACAUUUCCGUAAUAUCGUGCAUUAUAUUGAUCUAGCAAAAAGCAUAAUAUUCGUAUUAAGCGUACGAAUGAAUUGGAAGGGAAAGUUGCACGGUUUAUAUUUUAAUUAAGUUCGAUGAAACUGUUCGAUGAACGUAUUAGGAUUAAUUUUAAUAUCGCAAUAACUUUCUGGUCUUCAACAAUUUAUGCAUAAUAAGUUACAAUGCUUAACAAGGCAAUUUUAUAUAGGUAAUGUAAUCAUAAAUUAUUGUAAAUAAUUUAUAUGUUUGAAAAUCAUUGAGACAACGAUGCCAUAUAAUACCGAAGUAGUAGGUAUCGUUUAUGUUUUUUAAUCAGUUUUAACAUGGACACUCUGCAUAAUUAUCGUUUUAACCGCGAUUAACUACCGUUAAGUUAAUAAAAGAAAAAUCGAAAUCACAGUCAAAUUAUCUAGCAAUAAAAGAAUCUAAUCUAAUAAUCAAUCGUACCUACAUCUGAAUCAAGGUAUGACGGAGAUAGUUUCAAUUAAAUUAUAUAGAAUUAAUCAUCGUUGACGGAAAAAAAAAACAAAUUCGGAGGUGGUAAAUCGAUCUAAUGCCUUAUGACUAAAUAAUUUUCUAUUGCAAGUCAUAAUGCAAUGAGAUGCACCGUACGUAUUAUUCAUCGUGUGAAUAGUAGAAAAUAAUCGUGCAAUCGUAUGGGAAGCUCCAGCUACAGCGGAUAGUCAUUAAACGAGGAGACUUGACAGUUUUAAAUGACGUAUAAUUAUUAUAUACGUGCUACAGGCAAAGAACUAUGUUGAACAUUGGUUUGUCCUUAUUGCAACGAAAGCUGAUUUCAACCCCCUUUAAAAACAUACUACUUUCCGCGGCGAUAAGCAUCAUCAGAAGUUCGAUUCACAUUUUUUAACAGAUACAUGUAUUUAAAAUUUGAUUAGCAGAGAUGUUAGCAACUGCAAUGCAUAAUAUUAAUGACUGAGAACAAAUAUCAGAGUGAAAUGAACAAUGAAUUAUUACUUAAUUUAAACGUUUAAAUCCUGAAUCUUUUUAUCAUAGUUUGAUGACAAGCCUAUAAACAUUACGCGACAUACUGCAUCUUUAUUACUUUUAUAUUAAAACGAAUUGAAAACCGGAUGAAUUAAAAAAACACUGAUACUAAUGAAUUACCCUAACAUCGUAGGAAGAAAUAAUAGUUGGACGACUAAUUAGUUACAUUCGUUUCUUUUAUAGAUAUAAGACUAGGA